AUGGAGAUGUCAGAAAUAGACAAUGUUCGUGUGGUGGUACGUUGCAGACCUCUAAACCAUAUGGAAUGUGAGCAAGGCCAUCAAAAUAUUAUAUCUGUGGACAGCGCUAGCAACUCAAUCUCCGUCACCAACCCAAAUAAUGGCCAGGAGCCACCUCGUAUUUUUACUUUCGAUGCUGUAUUUGGAGAAGACAGCGAUCAAUUUAGUGUUUACAACAUCGCUGCAAGGCACAUUGUUGACAACGUACUAAAAGGAUAUAACGGUACUAUUCUUGCAUAUGGACAGACCGGGACUGGGAAGACUUUCACAAUGUUAGGAAAUAAUACUUGUCCUGGAAUAAUCCCGAAUUCAUUUGCACAUAUUUUUGACCAUAUAUCGAAAUGUCAACAGGAUAAAACAUUUCUUGUCCGAGUUUCCUAUUUGGAAAUUUACAACGAAGAAAUCCGAGAUUUACUGGCUAAAAAUUCGGGGCAUGGUCUUGAAAUUAAGGAACGACCAGAUAUUGGUAUUUACGUCAAAGAUCUAUCAAGCGUUACUGUGUCUGGUGCAGAUCAUAUGGAGCGUAUCAUGCAGUUUGGGAACAGUUACAGAUCAACGGGUACAACAAAAAUGAAUAUAGACAGUUCACGCUCUCAUGCGCUGUUCACAGUAACGAUUGAAUGUAGUGAGAAGAUUGGUGACCAUUGCCAUAUCACGCAAGGAAAGCUACAGCUUGUUGAUUUAGCCGGUAGUGAGAGGCAGGCGAAGAGUGGUACCAGUGGAAAUCGAUUGAAAGAAGCAGCGCGCAUUAAUUUGUCCCUUUCUUCUCUUGGUAAUGUCAUCAGCGCUUUGAUUGAUUCGAAAACGGUCCACAUUCCAUAUAGAAAUUCCAAACUUACACGAUUACUUCAGGAUUCUUUAGGUGGUAAUUCAAAGACUGUCAUGUUUGCUAAUAUUGGUCCUGCUUCUUACAACUACGAUGAAACGGUCUCCACACUCAGAUAUGCAAAUCGCGCCAAAAAUAUUCAAAAUAUGGUUAGAAUUAAUGAGGAUCCAAAAGAUGCACUAUUACGGAAAUUCCAGCUGGAAAUUGAGCAUCUUAAACGUUUGCUCGACAAAGAAGAAUCGAGUGGAAGUGAAGAGGACGCGGGUGAAUCGGGUUGGCACAAAGGCCAGAAACAGUUGCGGAAUCGUUAUAAUGAUCGUAUUGAAGAAUUGAAAAGGACGGUUGAAAUUAAGAGAAAUGAAUUACAAAAAGAAAAAGGACUGGCUGACGAGGAACGAGAAUUGUUAGCCGCAGAACUUCGUACUAAAGAGGAAGAAUUGGCUCAAGCGCACAGAGAUCAUGAUUUAUUGAUGAAUAAGCUGAAGCAAAUUGAGAAAAAACUUAUCAUUGGUGGCGAAAAUAUGCUUGAAAAAGCUGAGAAACAAGCUCGAUUGCUGGAGCAAAGUAAUGCUGAAUUAGAAUGCGGGCGCAUGAACGAGACUCAAUUGAAGCAGGCAUUAGCAGAAAAGAAUCAAGAGAGGAUUGAUCUGGAAGAGAAAUACAAUACCUUAGCAGAAGAGGCACAUGGAAAGACAAAAAAGAUAAAAAAGAUUUGGAGUAUGUUGAAUGCUGCAAAAGGUGAAUUGGCUGAUGUACAAAUGGAACAUCAGCGUGAGAUGGAAGGUCUUUUGGAUAGUGUUCGUCAACUUCGCAGCGAACUUCUCCUACAGCUGCUUAUUAUUGAAAACUACGUGCCAGUGGAAUUCUUAGAACUUAUUGAGCGUUUCGUCCGGUGGAAUGAAGAAGUAGGUGAUUGGGAGUUGAAAUGCAUUGCUUAUACUGGAAAUAGCAUGCGAGCAUGUAAUCUACCACGACAACCGCUCUACAAGCCGCCAAAUUUUCAUAUGUUGAAUUUGUUCGCCUCGUAUCAGGAUGAAAUGGUGCAUAUGUUUUCAAAUAAUAUGCGCCACUCAAAGUUGCGCGUGAAAUCCAGCAAACGCGAAAAAGAUGCGGCUCGUCUGAAUGUGUUAUUGAACUGA